AUGCUGGUGUCCAUGACGGAAGGCAGCCUCACUGGCAAGAGACCCACGCCGGCGGCGCGCCUGCAGGAGAUCCUACGGGGUCUGGUGGCGUUGCUCCGGGCCAUGGCCAAGGUCCAGCGAGAGCGGUGCCUGCGCGAGCUCUUCAGCGAGCAGCAACGGCUGGCUCUCGCGAGCUAUAUGCAGACACCCGAUGCCCAGAAGGUCGCUGUGUCGCCUGGGCCCUGCGGAGUCAAAGGUGCAACUCCUGCGACUUCGCCUGCGAAGCCUGAGCCGCUUUCGCAGCAAAAGCGCAGGACGCGGACGCGAGCUGCGGUGCCGGGGCUGGUGGUGAACGCCCAGCGCAACGGCUGCUACUUCCGCGCCCAAGUGGCUAUCGGAAGCCUUCGAUUGGUGUCACGCUCCCUGCGAAGCCGGGAGAGCGUGGAGCCUUUCCACCGAUGCCUCAUGCGCUUCAAGAAGCACAUGGACCAGGUCUGCUCCCGGGACGAGUUUCAGGAGACCUUCGUGAAGGUAUUGCACGCCACCUUGGACGCCUGCGGAGUUUCGGCGGCGGAUGCAGGUCUGCGGCUCCACGUGAGCUUCCGCGCGGGCCGCUCUCAGUUGACCUCGAGGCCUUACCUGGUAGCAGACCAGGCGGCGCUGCAGAGAGGGUUGGCGUCCUGGCGCCGGUGCCAAGACGGGGAGAAGCUUCGCGAGGUCUUCCUGCAGGACCUGCGGCGGGCGCAGUGCUCCACGCGCCAGCUGCGACGCUGUGAGGCCAUCUUCGACUCGGCGGAGCGGCGCCGCGCGGAGCUGGCGGCGGCCCGCCGCGCCAGGCAGACGCGGCGCGCGGAGAAGGAGCGGCAGGCACAAGCCAGGCGGCUUUGCCGGCAGCCCAAGAGGACGCGGCAGCCAGUGCUGAGUCGCCCAGAACGUGCGGUUCGCAGGCUGCUGAGGCGCUGGGCCGCGCUGGACCGCUGCAGGCUCAAGGUGAAGCGCGGCCUGGAAAGCUGA